AACCUAUAGCUAACUAUCCGGUUCGGCAAAAAGAAUGAACCGAAAUUUUCGGUCCGGAACCUAAAAAGUUGUAAACCAAUCGAGACGGAACAAAAUCGAACGCCAGAAGGCAACUGCAAGCGUUGGCGAAAGAUCGAAGGCUCGAACGAACAACAAUGGCGGACUAUCACUUCGUGUACAAGGACGUGGAGGGCGCGUCGACUCAGUGGGACGACAUUCAACGGAAGCUCGGGAAUUUACCGCCGAAACCCCCAGCGUUCAAGCCCCCAUCCUUCACGCCCGCCCAGGAAGAAUCCUCUCUCCCAAAAGAUAAGUCCUGGAUCGAUGAUAGAACCGAGGAGGAGCUCGAGGAACUCCAAGACGAUCCAGAUCUCGACGAUGACCGAUUCCUCGAGGAGUACAGGAAAAAGAGGUUGGCCGAGAUAAGGGAAGAAGCUAAGAUAGCAAGGUUUGGAUCGGUGAUCUCCAUUACGGGGUCAGAUUUUGUGCGAGAGGUUUCACAAGCUCCGCCUGAUGUUUGGGUUGUCGUUAUCCUCUACAAAGAAGGAAUCCCGGAGUGUGCACUGCUAAUGCAAUGCUUGGAAGAAUUGGCGACGAGGUACUCGUCCACAAAAUUUGUUAAGAUAAUAUCGACAGAUUGCAUCCCUAACUACCCGGAUCGUAAUCUUCCUACUCUAUUAGUAUACAACAAUGGUGCAGUGAAAGCAAAUUACGUGGGCUUGUAUAGUUUUGGCCGCAGAUGCACACCUGAAGGUGUUGCAUUGGUUCUCUGCCAAUCAGAUCCCGUGCUUAAUGAUGGCCAGAGUGGGGGUGAUAUGUCAAGAAAAGCUGUGUUAGAAGGAGUUCGCAAGAGGCUCAUAGAGAAAGUUGUGAAAGAUCAUGAAGAUGACGACAAUGAUGGAUCUUCGAGUGAUUAGAACCUUUGUAUUUUCCCGCAGGGUUUUUUUAGCGAAAAAGAAAAAAGGUUGUGCGCAAUGCUCUUUUGGUUUUUCUUGCUGCUUGCACACCUUGUCUGUUUUUCUCUUCAUAUGUGAAACUGAGAUCAGAGAUCCUAACGUUACAAUGUAUGACCUUGCGUCUAUGUAGACCCUACCCCAAGUUUGAUGCA